AUGGAAUUGAUUAUUAUUGCACUUUUGGUGUGUGGUGUAUUUUCAUCCGAAGGAACACCAGAGGAAGUCGAGAAGUACAUUAAAGAGGGAGGACUGGUCAUAGUGAAAUAUUAUAAGGAGUCAUGUCCUUUUUGCGUCAAAAUUGUAAAGGAAUUCCAGAAAUUUGAAAACGACUUGAAGUACCUUGGGGACAGAGUCCAUGUCUUUGACAUCGACUGCCCUAAACAUAAGGAAUUCUGCGAUAAACAAGAUAUUAACUCAUUCCCAACUAUCGUCCCAUAUUAUCAUAAGUGGAUGUACGAAGAACUUAGAAGCCCAAGAGAAGUGUACAGCUGGAAAUUGCAGACACUUGAAAUUCUCAAUUCGCCACUCCCACAAAAGUACAUUGGAAAAACAAAGCACGUUGUUUAA